ACUAGCCUGAUCACCAGUUCGGCGUCGACCCAUCACUGAGGCUGAAGGCCAGCUGCCCUGGAGGCAGUGUCCGAGAGUCUGUCCUCUUUCGCAAGGCAGCCACCAAACCCAACAUCAGUAAUAGGACAUCGCUCAUUAAAUGUCACUGUUCUUCUCUUGCCGCAUGGCUGCAGAAGCUACCACACAGAGUUCUAUGCGCCGCGCAGCUCGAAAAUCGGCUUAUUGGACCUAAUCCCGAGUCCGUAUACCGCCCGGCCGGCGGCACGGCCCCGCACGCAACCGACAUGGCCUCUCUUCUGGAGCUCGUCCGGCGACCCGCUGCCGCCGCCCGAGCGCGACCACGGAAUCGCUUCCCAACAACAGAAUCCCUGAAACCAACACGGUCCGAGUCAGACGAGGCCGGUCCGGUCUCUGACCGGGAGACAACGAUCAAUGCAAAACGGCCUCGUCCAACGCUGGCGACGCUGCCGCCCGAGAUUCAUCUCCUGAUCGCUCAGUAUCUCACUUAUCCAGACGCGCUGUCCCUGAAGCACACCAACCGUUAUUUCUACCACAUGGUCGACACCGGGGUUCGACUCAAAGUUGAGUGGUUGAUGGAGCGCCGGCUGCUUCACCUCGAGUGUCCGAGCGACCAGCGCUGCGAUUUGGGGAGUGACUUGAGAUUCUGCCGGGGGAGCGUUAAACUCCUUAUGCGACGGAGGAGAGAGCACAUCGAGUGUGAGUCGCGGCCGGGUUUGGGAUGUCUGAUCUAUGGGACGAGCAAAUGUCCGCAUGCUAGGAAGCUUAAGACCCGGCUGAAGAGGUGGAUGCGGAUGCAUGCUGUGGAUUCUAGGCGAUGGGUACUCCUGCUCGUGUCCUUACUACCUCUGUUUGCUGGGUGGGUGUGGAUGGUUGGAAUGAUGUUACUUUGACUCGAUGUGACCGGGUGACAGAACGAUGCGUGGAGCUUGCAGCGGGUGGACAGUCUAGUACGGUGUACGACGAGGUCUUGGAUUCCCUAUCUAUCUGAGUAUG